AUGGUUCAGUGGGGCGGUUACGAAGGCACGAAGCAAGUUAUCAUUGUUUCCGUCUUUCUUGCUCUGUCGUUUGUUGUUUUGUCUCUACGGCUCUUUACGCGUGUCAUCGUUACUCGCAAUUAUGGUCUCGAGGACUUGGUCAUUACAGCGGCAUUUUGUUUCUCAGUAGCCCAAGUAGCGCUCGUGGUAGUUGAGGUCCAGCACGGACAGGGUCUUGCACAGAGUGCUCUUUCAGCAGAUGAUGUCCAACUUCUUAAGAAGACCCUCUGGAAACUCAUCCCGACCUACCUGGCAGGCUUGACCUUGACGAAACUAUCAAUCCUCUUACAAUACAUGCGACUCUUCAAAGACCGAACCAUCAACAGAGUCAUCAUCGGCAUGCUAGUAUUCGUUGCAGCAUACGGAACCUGGUCAGUCCUCGGAGCUCUAUUCAUCUGCUUCCCUGUCAAACGCUUCUGGGACCAAACCGUAGAUGGCCAUUGCAUGAUCUUCGAAGCAAAAUGGUUCAGCGAUGCAUCCGUAAACAUCCUCACAGAUCUCAUCCUGCUGAGUCUACCCAUGCCAUAUCUCAAAGGCCUCAAUCUUCCCAGACGUCAAAAGGCAGGUCUGAUCGCCGUCUUUGCUCUCGGUGGCUUUGUCUGUCUCGUAUCCAUGGCCCGCCUCCGACCCCUCUAUGUCAUCGCAACCGCAAACGACGUUUCCCAAAGCAACGGCCCAGCAGCCUGGCUCUCAAGCAUGGAAGUAAACGUCGGCAUAAUCUGCGCCUCCCUCCCCAGCCUCCGAGCGAUAACCCUCCGAACCUGCUGUCGUAGAACAAAACACGCAUCACCGCGGACCGAUCACGCAGGAUGGUGGCAAUUCGACAAACAACGACCUGAAGAUGUUGAAUUAGAAGGAGGGCAGAGAUACAAUAUGAGUAAUUCGGGUGGAAGUGCUAUUACGAAAAUGGUCACGAUACAGACGGAUACGCAGGAGAGAAGAGAUUCGGGUAGAAAAUUGUCGAUAUGGUCGUUGGGGAAUGGUGGUAUCUUUGAUGGCGGUGCUGUUAUGAAGGCGUGGGUUAAUGCUGGGAAAUGA